AAGCAGCUCUGUCCUGCUCCCCACCCAGGUCUGGCUGCCAGGGAGAGUGGUUGAACAUCCAGGGGGAGGCACAGCGAAAGGACAGAGCUCCCACCCCGCAGUAACAUGGGGCACGGAGAACAUGGCGGUCCUGUCUUGGCACAGGGCGGGGGGUAGCGGGUCACAGGACAGAGGACACACAUGGGCAGGUCACGUGUCCUCCCUUUUAGAUUAUGCUGGAGAGUAAAUACAGUAGAAACUUUCAGUGAAAGCACUUUUGUUUGUCUGUUUGCAUCGACUAUCUAUCAGCAAGACAGUCGUGUCCCCCAUUGAUUUAUUUCCUACUACUGCCUCUCAAAGAGUAAAGUUACCAGGACCUUUGGGUUCAGCAAAACCCCAGGUAAGAACAGGAUCUGAUCCACAAAAUGCAACCAACAUUAUAAUAUAUUAAUAUAUUAAGAUUACAAUUAGAGAAUUAAUACAUUAAUAAAAUAACAUUAGAGAAUUUACAGCUUCUUAUAUUACCUUCAUAUUAUGCAGUUUUUGAACUGAAAAAUGAGCGUUUGGUUAAAUCAUAUUAUGAUGUUUGUCCCUGUUUCCUUUGUUAAAAUGUGAUUUUUAUACUGAGUUGAGUAGACUAGACAUGAGAUCCCUUUUCUACUACGAUUUGGGAUAUUAUUAUUAUCAAUCAUAAUAAUUAUGAGUCCAUAGUUAAGAUACCGCUUCUUAUAUUGAGUAGCAGUUUCAUCCUCAGAGAGUCUCAAUGGCUUUAUUGGGAUGAUUCUUGGAGUGAAGUACUGCUCAAUAUGAGUACAGAUAUUAUUUCUAUUAUUAUUUAUUAUUAUGUAUUAAUCCUUGAUGACCCAUUUGUUACAGUCCCACUGCAUAUCAGCGUAUUUUUCUAUCCUAUCUUCCUAAGAGUGUAAUGAUCUUCCAUUCCAGUUCACCAAGCCCACUGCUCAUCCAAGCUCCUUGUGAGGAUUUUGGGAGUGUGUGGAUACUCUGGAUGGCUGUUGUAAUACAAAUAAUAACUAGCCAUUGACAUCCUUCCUAAAACCUAUUUAUUCUAUAUGAUGUCCAGCAGAAGUGAGUUUAAUAAUGAGGAGGGGAAGCAGAAGUCACUAAGUCCUACCCACCUCUGGCUCUCCCAGUGCAUGCUGAUUUCUGUGUGCCUGUUCUUUACACUGCAGGCUCUUUUGGGGGGGUGGGGGGAUGGGGCUGGCUCUCUUGAUCUCUUCCCCCCAUUCUCAGCACUUAACAAACACUUCAGUUCCGUUCCUUCAGUGCCAAAGAGAGUCAGUGGCUGGCUUCCACAGCGCCUCUAAACUGAGCCGAGCCGAACCAAUCCAGGGCAGGUCCUGACUUGCAGCCUCUGCACUGGGGAUGGUCCUGCUUUUGCUGGACAGAAGGGGGGUGCAAUACACUAGAGCCUGACGUCACUGGGCAUCAGCUGACCGUGCAGGGCUCUGCCUGCCUCUUCCAGGAGCAGCUGGAGCAGCAGCGGCAGCCUGGCCACCGCAGCAGGGUCUUUACUCCGCUAAUCCUGUCUAUCCUUGGCGCUAAUGCUCUCUGCGCUGCUGCUGCUAAUGCCGGCCCGCGAGAAUCACUCCACUCCCUGCUCACCCUGCCGCCUGCCCGGGGGAGCCGCGCGCGCUGCAGGGCUCGUGCCAACCCCUGCCUGCAAGGACGGGAUCUGGAGUCAGCCCAGGGGCACCGAGAGCUCAUGAGUUUCAGCCUCGUCCAAGCGGCCGCCAGCACUUCUCAGAGCGAGAAAACCCCCGCCCGGCUCUCUCCCGGCCGGGUCCCACACCUGGACCGCGGCUGCCCCAGUCACCGCUGAGGGCAGCUGGCACUGCAGGCGCCCGUUCACGCUUCUCUCUCCGGCCCCGUGGGAAGUGGCGGGGCCAGGGGAUGCUCGGAGGCUCGCCUGCAAGUCCCGCGGAAACAACCCGCGCUCCGAGGUGCUCCUCGCGGGGCCCUGAGAGUUUGCUUUGCUUUGUUCAAUGUCCCGCCAUGGCGCCCGGUCCUAGUCUCGCAACUGGGGCGGGCGCCCCGUAACUCAGAGCUGCCCUCCCAGCCGGACAUGUGCUGCUGCAAGUCACCGCUCGCAGGAGAGAAAGAACAAAGUCCCGCUGGGCCGGAGUUGCGUUUUGCAGCCCGCGCGGGAGGAUGCUGCUGCUUCUGCCGCCCAGCCAGGGAUGCGGCCCCGCUCAAUGCCCUGCCCGUCCCGUGCCCCGGAGCUGCCUGCACCCCACUUCUAGGUUUCAUGAAUGACCUCGGCAAAGACCUUGCUGGGCUGUUUUGUUCUCCUCUCGCUCUUGCCCGGAUGGUUUCUGCGGACCGGCGCCUUCGGGAUGACAGCGGGUCAAUGAGUCCCUCGUGCCCCGAGUCCCGGGGAGAGUAACAGCAACACCCCGGGGGGGCUGCGCUGCCCGCUCGGACCGCCGGGGCUGCAGACUCCGUGGGUGCAUGUUGCCCCGCUCCGUGCUCCAGCAGCUGGUCCCUGGAUGGGACCAAGGCUACUCCGUCCCCGGGACGUUGCCUCGCUGAGCCUGGGGGCGGGACGGGGGGGGGGCACUUUGCCGGUCCAUGGGCCUCUCCUCCUCCUCCUCCUCCCUGCGCUGCGCGGUGCCAAGCCAGACAUCACAGCGGCGUGGCUGCACCUGCUAAAAACCAACCGGCGGCAGAGCCAACCAGCCCGCUUCCCUCCCCCGCCCAAUAAACCAGCCCGGACUCGCGGCAUGCAGCAGGGCACCAAGCCGGCUCUGCCAGAGGCGGCCGGCGCGCCAGGCAUGGGGCGACCCGGCCCUGCCACCCUCCGCUAACCGCCCGCCUCUCGAUGUGACACUCGCCCACCCGGGCACCCCCUCCUGCUCCUCCCCCGCCUCUGCCCCCCAGCCGCCAUGGAGCUCUCCGAGGUGCGGUGCCUGAGCGACAGCGAGGAGCUGUACACCAUCAACAGGACCCCCCCCUGCAGCGGCCGCGCCAGACCCCAGCGCCUGCUGUGGCAGACCGCGGUGCGCCACAUCACCGAGCAGCGCUUCAUCCAGGAGCAGAGCAGCAGCAGCGGGGGGAGCAGCAGCGGGGGCAAAGCCCUGGGCUCGCAGGACUCCUGCUGCCCCAACCACCACCCCCACCCGCACCCCGCGCGGCGCCCGUCCGAGCGCCACAACAACGGGGGCACCAAAGUCUUCCCGGAGCGCACCAGCAGCAGCGGGGACCUGGGCUUCCUGCACCUCGACUGCGCCCCCAGCAACUCCGACUUCUUCCUCAGCUGGGGCUACACCUACCGCGGGGUCAUCUUCCCCACACUGCGCAACUCCUUCAAGUCCCGGGACCUGGAGCGCCUCUACCAGCGCUACUUCCUGGGCCAGCGGCGCAAGUCCCAGGUGGUCAUGAACAUCCUGGACGUGCUGACCAAGCUGACUCUGCUGCUGCUCCACCUGACCCUGGCCUCGGCCCCCAUGGACCCCAUCAAGGGCAUCCUGCUGGGCUUCUUCACUGGCAUCGAGGUGGUGAUCUGUGCCUUAGUGGUGGUCAGGAAGGACACGACCUCCUACACCUACCUGCAGUACAGCGGGGUGGUGACUUGGGUGGCCAUGGCCACGCAGAUCCUGGCUGCUGGCCUGGGCUUUGGGCUUCUGGGCGACGGGAUCGGCUACGUGCUCUUCACCCUCUUUGCCACCUACAGCAUGCUUCCACUGCCCCUCACCUGGGCCAUCCUGGCUGGGCUGGUGACCUCCUUCCUGCAGCUCAUCAUGCAGCUGGUCAUCCCUAGGCUGGCAGUGAUUUCCCUCAACCAGAUAGCGGCUCAGGCAGUGUUAUUUAUGUGUAUGAAUACAGCGGGAAUCUUCAUUAGCUACCUAUCAGACAGAGCUCAGCGCCAAGCCUUCUUAGAGACCAGAAGAUGCGUAGAAGCAAGACUGAGGCUAGAGACGGAAAACCAGAGACAGGAACGGCUGGUGCUUUCUGUAUUACCUCGAUUUGUUGUACUAGAGAUGAUUAACGACAUGACCAAUGUGGAAGAUGAGCACUUGCAGCACCAGUUCCAUAAGAUCUAUAUUCACCGCUAUGAGAAUGUCAGCAUUCUUUUUGCAGAUGUUAAAGGUUUCACCAACCUCUCCACAACCUUGUCAGCACAGGAGCUGGUCCGAAUGCUGAAUGAACUCUUUGCCAGAUUUGAUCGACUAGCACAUGAACAUCAUUGCCUUAGAAUUAAGAUCCUGGGGGACUGUUACUACUGUGUCUCUGGGCUCCCGGAACCUCGCCAAGACCACGCACACUGUUGUGUUGAAAUGGGACUCAGCAUGAUCAAAACUAUCAGGUAUGUUAGGUCAAGAACAAAGCAUGACAUUGACAUGCGGAUCGGAAUACAUUCUGGAUCAGUGCUAUGUGGGGUGCUGGGCCUACGGAAGUGGCAGUUUGAUGUCUGGUCAUGGGACGUGGAUAUUGCAAACAAACUGGAGUCAGGCGGCAUUCCUGGGAGGAUCCACAUCUCCAAAGCCACUCUGGACUGCCUGAAUGGGGAUUAUAAAGUUGAAGAAGGACACGGUAAAGAACGAAAUGAAUUCUUAAGGAAACAUAACAUUGAGACCUAUUUAAUAAAACAGCCCGAGGAGAGUCUGUUGACUUUGCCUGAAGACAUUGUGAAAGAAUCUGUCAGCACCUCAGACAGGAGAAACAGUGGGGCAACAUUUACAGAAGGAUCAUGGAGCCCUGAACUCCCAUUUGAUAACAUAGUGGGAAAACAGAACACUCUGGCUGCCCUAACAAGAAAUUCAAUAAAUCUGCUUCCAAACCAUCUUGCACAAGCUUUGCAUGUCCAGUCUGGGCCCGAGGAAAUUAACAAGCGAAUAGAGCACACCAUCGACUUACGGAGUGGCGAUAAAUUGAGAAGAGAGCAUAUCAAGCCUUUCUCACUGAUGUUUAAAGACUCCAGCCUGGAGCAUAAGUAUUCUCAAAUGAGGGAUGAAGUGUUCAAAUCAAACUUGGUGUGUGCAUUCAUUGUCCUUGUAUUUGUCACCACAAUCCAAAGUUUGCUUCCUUCUACAAGGAUGAUGCCAAUGGUCAUUCAGUUUUCCAUUCUGAUUAUGCUGCACUCCACUCUUGUUCUAAUUACCACUGCAGAGGAUUAUAAAUGCUUACCCCUAGUGCUACGGAAAACUUGCUGCUGGAUUAAUGAGACCUAUUUGGCCAGGAAUGUGAUCAUUUUUGCAUCCAUUAUGAUUAACUUUCUGGGAGCCAUCAUAAAUAUUCUAUGGUGUGAUUUUGACAAACCAAUACCCUUUAAGAAUCAGACUUUCAAUUCCUCUGAAUCUUUUACAGAUAUCUGCUCUUAUCCUGAGUAUUUUGUCUUUACCGGUGUCCUGGCAAUGGUGACCUGUGCAGUCUUUCUUCGUCUCAACUCUGUUCUGAAGUUGGCAGUGCUUCUCAUUAUGAUCGCAAUCUAUUCUCUGCUGACUGAGACCGUUUAUGCCUCCCUCUUCCUGCGAUACGACAACUUUAAUCACAAUGGAGAGACCGAUUUCCUGGGCACAAAGGAGGCGUCCUUGCUACUGAUGGCAAUGUUCCUGUUAGCCGUAUUUUAUCAUGGUCAACAGCUUGAAUACACAGCCCGCCUGGACUUUCUGUGGCGCGUUCAAGCGAAAGAAGAAAUCAACGAAAUGAAGGAAUUAAGGGAACACAAUGAAAAUAUGCUACGAAAUAUUCUGCCAAGUCAUGUUGCCCGUCACUUCCUGGAGAAGGAUCGAGAUAAUGAAGAGUUAUACUCUCAGUCCUAUGAUGCUGUUGGCGUGAUGUUUGCUUCCAUCCCUGGGUUUGCUGAUUUUUAUUCUCAAACUGAAAUGAAUAACCAAGGAGUGGAAUGUCUCCGUUUGCUGAAUGAAAUCAUUGCAGACUUCGAUGAGUUACUAGGUGAAGAAAGAUUUCAAGAUAUUGAAAAAAUUAAAACCAUUGGCAGCACAUACAUGGCUGUAUCAGGAUUAUCACCUGAAAAACAGCAAUGUGAAGACAAAUGGGGACAUUUGUGUGCUCUGGCUGACUUCUCCAUAGCUUUGAAUGAAAGUAUACAGGAGAUCAACAAGCAUUCGUUCAACAACUUUGAACUCCGCAUCGGUAUUAGCCAUGGCUCUGUUGUAGCAGGAGUUAUCGGUGCUAAGAAACCCCAGUAUGAUAUCUGGGGCAAAACAGUUAACUUAGCUAGUCGAAUGGACAGCACAGGUGUAAGCGGCAGAAUACAAGUGCCUGAAGAAACAUAUCUGAUCCUGAAGGACAAGGGAUUUGCUUUCGACUAUCGAGGAGAGAUUUACGUCAAAGGUAUCAGCGAACAGGAAGGAAAAAUCAAAACAUAUUUUCUUCUAGGAAGAGUACAACCAAAUCCUUUAAUCUUACAACCAAGAAAACUGACUGGACAGUAUUCCUUAGCGGCUGUUGUAUUAGGACUUGUACAGUCUCUUAACAGGCAAAAACAGAAGCAAAUCCUUAAUGAGAACAAUAACUCUGGCAUCAUAAAGGGACAUUAUAACCGGCGGACUUUGCUAUCUUCCAGUGGACCAGAGGCAGUGGCCCAAGCAGAGGCCUCCGACAAAACUGAAUUGCCAUAA